AUGGACCCCCGUACCACUUCCCAGGACGUGAUUCGAUGUGACCUGUGUGAUACUGCUAUAGUACAGAUGUACUGCGAUGUAUGCCUUAUUAAUCUUUGCAAGUCCUGUGUGGGAGAACAUAUCUCUGAUGAAUCCAAUGAUCACCAAGUGGCUAAAUUUCAGUGUAGGAAAACCAUUCCCCUUUACCCUGUAUGUGCCUCCCAUGAAAAAGAACAAUGUGAGAUGUACUGUAAACACUGUGACAUUCCUGUCUGCCUCACUUGCCUGGCAUCUGAUGAACAUCUCGGUCAUAAGUUAUCAAAAAUCUUGCAUGCUCUGGGUGAAAAAAAAGACUUGAUCAGAAAAGAGCAAACUGAAUUGAAGGAAACAAUAUAUCCCACCUACCAAAACAUCGCAGCUGAUGUACAAAACAGAAUGUGUCAGUUAGAGAAGGAAUAUGGAGAGAUCUCAACAACCAUUACAAAACAUGGAGAGGACUGGCACAGAAAAAUUGACAAACUUGUCAGAAAACUUAAAACCCAAAUUGAUGAAAUGAAGGCCUCACAGCUACAAACUUUAAAAAAAUAUCUGGAAGAAAUUAAAAAGAAAAUUGUUGACAUUAAAGAUGUAAUUGAUUCACUUGAUAUUGCAGCUAACUCUAAGAACAUUUCAAUACCAUUAAGUGUAAAAUCCAGGUUAAAUCAGUAUGAAAGUCUUCCACAAAUACAUAUUCUGUCUGUACCUAAUUUCACUCCAGGAACAACGAAAGGGGAAGAACUGAGUAAACUCUUUGGGCAUUUUUCAUCAAUUUUCCUUAAAUCAGAGGAGCAUGAAUACGGUAUAAAGACAACUCAAAAAUCACCAAAAGUUGAGUCUUCGUUUGUCGAGAAAAUAUCACCAGAUAUUGGAAGCCGAUUACCAGUAAAAAAGCUACUUGAGACACCAAUGAUUGUCGUUAAAAAUAUUUCAUAUUCAUGCCGCCCUCGAAAUGUUGCCCAUUUAAGAAAUGAAAAGAUCUGGGUAUGUGGAGGAAGCAGUACCUUGGCACUUUACAAUCUUAAUCAGUACUCAUCAUUGUUCAAUUUCAAUCUGGACUCAAUAUCCCGCAAUAUUUGUAAGGGCUCACCACUAAAGACAAUCACAACAAAGUCAGGAAACGGGCCAGCAGACAUAGCAGUGUCAAGAAAUGGAUAUCUUAUUUACACUGAUUACAAGGACAAAACUGUCAACAUUGUGAAGAAUGAGGGCAUAGAGGAGGUGAUAAGACUACAGAACUGGGGACCUAGAGGUGUUUGUAGUACCUUCUCUGGUGAGCUGCUGAUUACCAUGGAAAGUGAGGACAACAAACAAUCAAAAGUUGUCCGAUACUCUGAUUCCACAGAAAAACAAUCCAUACAGUUUGAUGAUGAAGGUGCACCUCUCUACUCAUCUGGUGGUUCUGAUAAACGCAUUUGUGAAAACAGAAACCUGGAUAUUUGUGUGGCUGACUGUGGAGCUAAAGCAGUAGUGGUUGUCAAUCAGGCCGGGAAUCUGAGAUUCGGAUAUACUGGACAUACUCCUGCUCCAAAGAAUAAACCAUUCAAUCCUACGGGAAUUACUACAGACAGUCAGGGUCACAUCCUUAUAAGUGAUGAUAACAAUGACUGUGUCCACAUCAUAAAUGAGGAUGGACAGUUCCUAAAUUACAUAAGCUGUAAUAGCAUUAUUACGCUAUGUGGGCUGUGUACUGAUGCAGAUGACAAUUUGUUUCUUAUUGGUUUCAGAGUAUUGCAAUUCAUCAUCAUUUCAAGUUGUGUGAAGAAAAUCAAAUACCUGGAGUGA